GCAGCAGCAGCAGCCGGCGGCCCCUGUACCCCCGGAGCGCAGCGUUUCUUGCGCCUGAGCGGGGUGAAGCGGCGGCUGGGGUGGAAGGGGGCUUGCGGGGCCGGGGCGGAGGGCGCAGGCUCAUGAAAUGGCCACAGAUGACAAGACUUCCCCAACACUGGACUCUGCUAAUGAUUUGCCUCAAUCUCCUACUAGUCCUUCUCACCUCACACACUUUAAACCUUUGACUCCAGAUCAGGAUGAGCCUCCUUUUAAAUCUGCAUAUAGUUCUUUUGUAAAUCUCUUUAGAUUUAACAAAGAGAGAGCAGAAGGGGGCCAGGGAGAGCAGCAGUCUCUGAGUGGAAGUUGGACCAGCCCUCAGCUUCCUACUAGGACACAAUCUGUGAGGUCACCUACACCUUAUAAAAAACCGCUUAAUGAGGAACUCCAUCGGCGAUCUUCAACUGUGUUAGCAGAAAACAGUUUGCAGCAUCCCCAGGAGAGCACAGAUGCAAGAAGGAAAGCAGAACCUAACUUUGGAGGUCAUGACCCUCGUACAGCUGUUCAGCUUCGAAGCCUCAGUACAGUAUUAAAACGCCUGAAGGAAAUCAUGGAGGGGAAAAGCCAGGAUAGUGACCUGAAGCAGUAUUGGAUGCCGGAUAGCCAAUGUAAAGAGUGCUAUGACUGUAGUGAGAAGUUUACAACCUUUAGGCGUAGACACCAUUGCCGACUGUGUGGGCAGAUUUUCUGCAGUCGUUGCUGCAAUCAGGAAAUCCCUGGAAAAUUUAUGGGCUACACAGGGGAUCUCCGAGCUUGCACAUACUGUAGAAAAAUAGCCUUAAGUUAUGCUCAUUCCACAGACAGUAAUUCUAUUGGGGAAGACUUGAAUGCACUUUCAGAUUCUGCCUGCUCUGUGUCUGUGCUUGAUCCGAGUGAACCCCGAACACCUGUUGGGAGUAGAAAAGCCAGCCGCAACAUAUUUUUAGAGGAUGAUUUGGCCUGGCAAAGUUUGAUUCAUCCAGACUCCUCAAAUACUGCUCUGUCAGCAGGACUUGUAUCUGUUCAAGAGGAUGCUGGAAAAUCUCCUGCUCGAAAUAGAUCAGCCAGCAUUACUAACCUGUCACUGGAUCGAUCUGGUUCUCCUAUGGUACCUUCAUAUGAGACAUCUGUCAGUCCCCAGGCUAACCGAACAUACAUUAGAACAGAGACCACCGAGGAUGAACGCAAAAUUCUUCUGGUACCGGACAGUGUUCAGUUAAAGGACCUGUGGAAGAAAAUCUGCCAUCACAGUAGUGGAAUGGAGUUUCAGGAUCACCGCUACUGGCUGAGAACACAUCCCAACUGCAUUGUAGGAAAGGAAUUAGUCAACUGGCUAAUCCGAAAUGGACACAUUGCUACAAGGGCACAAGCUAUAGCAAUUGGACAAGCAAUGGUCGAUGGCCGAUGGCUGGAUUGUGUUAGUCAUCAUGAUCAGCUUUUCAGGGAUGAGUAUGCACUGUACAGACCCCUGCAGAGUACGGAAUUCUCCGAGACACCUUCUCCGGACAGUGACUCAGUGAACUCUGUGGAAGGACACUCUGAGCCAUCUUGGUUUAAAGAUAUAAAGUUUGAUGACAGCGACACAGAACAGAUAGCUGAAGAAGGUGACGAUAAUUUGGCUAAUUCUGCCAGUCCUAGCAAGCGCACAUCAGUCAGCAGUUUCCAGUCCACAGUGGACAGUGACUCAGCCGCUUCUAUCAGCCUGAACGUGGAGCUGGACAACGUGAACUUCCAUAUCAAGAAGCCCUCCAAGUACCCACAUGUGCCCCCUCACCCUGCUGACCAAAAAGAGUAUUUGAUUUCUGACAAUGGCGGACAACAGCUCUCGAUAAGUGAUGCCUUCAUCAAAGAAUCAUUAUUUAAUCGUCGGGUAGAGGAAAAAUCCAAAGAGCUUCCUUUCACACCUUUGGGCUGGCAUCAUAACAACCUGGAGCUCCUGAGGGAAGAGAAUGGAGAGAAACAAGCAAUGGAGAGAUUGCUUUCAGCUAAUCAUAACCACUUGAUGGCACUGCUCCAACAGUUGCUCCAUAAUGAGUCAUUAUCACCAUCCUGGAGGGACAUCAUUGUGCCACUGGUCUGCCAGGUUGUUCAGACAGUCCGACCUGAUGUCAAGAACCGGGAUGAUGACAUGGAUAUCCGUCAGUUUGUCCACGUCAAAAAAAUCCCAGGUGGAAAGAAGUUUGAUUCUGUGGUUGUCAGUGGCUUUGUUUGUACCAAGAACAUUGCACAUAAAAAGAUGAAUUCUUGUAUUAAAAAUCCCAAAAUUCUUCUGUUGAAGUGUUCCAUUGAGUAUCUUUACAGAGAAGAAACCAAGUUUACUUGCAUAGAUCCUAUUGUGCUUCAGGAAAGGGAAUUCUUGAAGAAUUACGUUCAGCGAAUAGUUGAUGUGCGACCCACAUUGGUUCUAGUUGAGAAAACGGUGUCUCGGAUAGCCCAGGACAUGUUGCUGGAACAUGGCAUUACUUUGGUCAUUAAUGUAAAAUCACAAGUUUUAGAUCGAAUCAGUCGGAUGACUCAAGGUGAUUUAGUAAUGUCAAUGGACCAGCUGCUUACAAAACCACGCCUGGGCACCUGUCACAAAUUUUAUAUGCAGAUGUUCCAGCUGUCUAAUGAACAAACCAAAACGCUGAUGUUUUUUGAAGGCUGUCCACAGCACCUAGGCUGCACAGUCAAGCUUAGAGGAGGCUCUGAUUAUGAGCUGGCCCGAGUUAAGGAGAUCCUAAUUUUUAUGAUCUGCGUAGCUUAUCAUUCUCAACUAGAAAUCUCCUUCCUUAUGGAUGAAUUUGCUAUGCCACCCACAUUAACUCAAAACUCUUCCUUCCAUUCUCUGAUUGAGGGAUGCGGGGAGGAAGGGGCUGCACAAGAGCAGUUCAGUGGAAGUACCCUCCCCCGGGACCCUGACUUCCCUCCUGACAGGCCGAUCAUGAUAUCAGAGGCUCUGCCCUCUGAUGAUGGCAGUUCGUUGGAAUCAAGGAUUGUGUUUGAGAAGGGUGACCAGGAAAAUAAAAGUGUUCUGCAGGAUGUUGUCUCUUUGAAGCAUCAAGAGUGUGCAGCAACGGCUUGUGUGUCUGGGAUCCCCUGUGCUCUCUUUCCAUCAUUACCAGAAUCAUUGCUGCCACUGCACAUGGAUGACCAACAGGAUGUCAUAGGCAGUGAGCAACCAGAGACUUUGCAGCAAACAGAUGAACUGCAUGAUCCCAAAAGCCAGAUGAGAGCCUUCAGAGACCCUCUACAGGAUGACACAGGAUUGUAUGUUGCAAUGGAAGUUACUUCCUCUGAAGAUAAACGAAAGACUUAUUCUUUGGCUUUCAAGCAAGAAUUAAAAGAUGUAAUCCUGUGUAUGUCUCCAGUAAUCACAUUCCGGGAGCCUUUCCUUUUAACUGAAAAGGGGAUGAAGUGCUCUACCCGAGAUUAUUUUGCAGAGCAGGUUUACUGGUCUCCUCUCCUCAAUAAGGAGUUCAAAGAAAUGGAGAGCAGGAGAAAGAAGCAGCUGCUUAGGGAUCUCACUGGACUUCAGGGCAUGAAUGGAAGUAUUCAGGCCAAGUCUAUUCAAGUCCUGCCCUCGCAUGAGCUAGUGAGCACUAGAAUUGCCGAGCAUCUGGGUGAUAGCCAGAGCUUGGGUAGAAUGCUGGCUGAUUUUCGGGCAAGAGGAGGAAGAAUUCAGCAAAAAAAUUUAGAUCCUUUUGCUCAUUCAAAGGAUGCAUCAGGCACUUCUGGUAGCAAAUCAGGAAGCAGAGCUGAGAGUGACGAAGAGAAAGGGUUGGUUCCGAGUGAUGCAUUGUGGUCGACGAAGGUAGACUGUCUGAACCCUGGCAACCACCAGAGACUGUGCGUGCUGUUCAGCAGCUCUUCUGCCCAGUCCAGCAAUGCCCCCAGUGCCUGCGUCAGUCCUUGGAUUGUAACAAUGGAAUUUUAUGGAAAGAAUGAUCUUACAUUAGGAAUAUUUUUAGAGAGAUACUGUUUCAGGCCUUCUUAUCAGUGUCCUAGCAUGUUCUGUGACACCCCCAUGGUGCAUCAUAUUCGGCGUUUUGUCCAUGGCCAAGGCUGUGUGCAGAUAAUCCUGAAGGAAUUGGAUUCUCCAGUACCUGGAUAUCAACAUACAGUUCUCACAUACUCCUGGUGCAGAGUCUGCAAACAGGUAACACCAGUUGUUGCUCUUUCCAAUGAGUCAUGGUCCAUGUCAUUUGCAAAAUACCUUGAGCUUAGGUUUUAUGGGCACCAGUAUACUCGUAGAGCCAAUGCUGAGCCAUGUGGUCACUCCAUCCACCAUGAUUAUCACCAGUAUUUCUCUUAUAACCAGAUGGUGGCAUCUUUCAGUUACUCUCCCAUUCGGCUUCUUGAAGUAUGUGUUCCACUCCCCAAAAUAGUCAUUAAACGUCAGGCCCCCUUGAAAGUGUCUCUUCUUCAGGAUCUGAAGGACUUCUUUCAAAAAGUUUCACAGGUAUAUCUUGCUGUUGAUGAAAGACUUGCAUCUUUGAAAACUGAUACAUUUAGCAAAACUAGAGAGGAAAAAAUGGAAGAUAUCUUUGCACAAAAAGAGAUGGAAGAAGGCGAGUUCAAGAACUGGAUUGAGAAGAUGCAAGCAAGGCUCAUGUCUUCCUCUGUAGAUACCCCUCAGCAGCUGCAGUCAAUCUUUGAGUCACUCAUUGCCAAGAAACAAAGUCUCUGUGAAGUACUGCAAGCUUGGAAUAACAGGUUGCAGGACCUUUUUCAGCAAGAAAAGGGUAGAAAACGACCUUCAGUUCCUCCAAGUCCUGGAAGACUGAGACAAGGGGAAGAAAGCAAGAUAAGUACAAUGGAUGCAACUCCACGGAAUGUUUCUCCAGGACUUCAAAAUGGCGAGAAAGAGGAUCGCUUCUUAACAACCCUGUCCAGUCAGAGCUCCACCAGUUCUGCCCAUCUUCAGCUGCCGACUCCACCUGAAGUCAUGUCUGAGCAGAUGGUAGGAGGGCCCCCUGAACUCGAUACAGUCAGCAGUUCCGAAGAUGUGUUUGAUGGACAUUUGCUGGGAUCCACAGACAGCCAGGUGAAGGAAAAAUCAACCAUGAAAGCCAUCUUUGCAAAUUUGCUUCCAGGAAAUAGCUAUAAUCCUAUUCCAUUUCCUUUUGAUCCAGAUAAACACUACUUGAUGUAUGAACAUGAACGGGUGCCCAUUGCAGUCUGUGAGAAGGAACCCAGCUCCAUCAUUGCUUUUGCUCUCAGUUGUAAAGAAUACCGAAAUGCCUUAGAGGAAUUGUCCAAAGCUACUCUGUGGAACAGUGCCGAAGAAGGGCUUCAAACAAAUAGUACUUUAGACAGCAGACCAAAGAGCAGCAGCCCUGUUAGAUUGCCUGACAUCAGUGGAGGACAGACAAACCGGACAGCAGAAGCAGAACCACAACCAACCAAAAAGGCUUCUGGAGUGUUGUCCUUCUUCCGAGGGACAGCAGGGAAAAGCCCUGACCUCUCUUCCCAGAAGAGAGAGACCUUACGUGGAGCAGAUAGUGCUUACUACCAGGUUGGGCAGACGGGCAAGGAGGGGACGGAGAAUCAAGGCAAUGAGCCUCAAGAUGAAGCAGAUGGAGGAGAUACACAAAAGAAACAACUCACAAAUCCUCAUGUGGAGCUUCAAUUUUCUGAUGCUAAUGCCAAAUUUUACUGUCGCCUCUACUAUGCGGGAGAGUUUCAUAAGAUGCGUGAAGUGAUUCUAGGCAGUGGUGAGGAAGAUUUCAUUCGUUCCCUUUCCCACUCAUCACCGUGGCAGGCCCGAGGAGGCAAAUCAGGUGCUGCUUUCUAUGCGACAGAAGAUGAUAGAUUCAUUUUGAAGCAAAUGCCUCGUCUGGAAGUCCAGUCUUUCCUCGAUUUUGCACCACACUAUUUCAAUUAUAUCACAAAUGCUGUUCAACAAAAGAGGCCCACUGCAUUAGCCAAAAUUCUUGGAGUUUACAGAAUUGGCUAUAAGAACUCUCAAAACAACACUGAGAAGAAGUUAGAUCUCCUUGUCAUGGAAAACCUUUUCUAUGGGAGAAAGAUGGCACAGGUUUUUGAUUUGAAGGGUUCUCUUAGGAAUCGAAAUGUGAAAACCGAUACUGGAAAAGAGAGUUGUGAUGUAGUUCUGCUGGACGAAAAUCUCUUAAAGAUGGUUCGAGACAACCCACUGUAUAUCCGUUCUCAUUCCAAAGCUGUGCUGAGAGCCUCGAUCCAUAGUGACUCCCAUUUCCUUUCGAGUCACCUCAUUAUAGAUUAUUCUUUGCUGGUUGGUCGAGAUGAUACCAACAAUGAGCUGGUAGUUGGAAUUAUAGAUUAUAUUCGAACAUUUACAUGGGACAAAAAGCUUGAAAUGGUUGUGAAAUCAACGGGAAUUUUAGGAGGACAAGGUAAAAUGCCAACUGUUGUCUCUCCAGAAUUGUACAGGACUAGAUUUUGUGAAGCAAUGGACAAGUAUUUCCUGAUGGUACCAGACCACUGGACAGGCUUGGGUCUCAAUUGUUGAAGUGUGACGCACAGAUUUUGAAAUGGACUGUAAAGGAAAAGAGUCUAGAACAAAGGACCAAAAAUAAGCUACAUGUUUUAUUUCUUCAUUACAUUCACCACUGUACGCGAAGGCCUCUCAGUUGUGUGGCUGUUUAGGCCGUCCAUAGCUGAAGGGCAAAAGCUGCAUGGAUUUGCACUCUGGGUUUUGAUACCUGUGAAUUAGCUAUUUGUAGGCUGGGAAGUUGCAUGAACUUUUUCUCACUUAAGCUAAAGUAUAGGGACACAUUUCAAAGGGCUAAAGGACAUGGUUGAAGGUAUGGUUAGAGUUGAGGUGACAGGGUGAAAAAUGAAUAGUCAUGUUUGCUAACUUAAGGUGUUAAAGAAGAAAACAAUGUCUUGUAGACUAUGACUCUCCUGGCAUCACAUUUGACACCUUUAUUUUGAAAGCAUUUGUAGAGCUGGUAAGUUUGUUUUGUGUUUCGUAUGUAACAAUUUAAUGUUACUUAUUAGAAUUUCUGAAGCCUUUAAAAAAAUCCCUAGUUAUUCCCUUUAUGGCCAGUUAAACAGGUUGGCACGACCUGUAUUUUUUUUUUUUUUUUUUUUUAAGCAAUUUGACUUAAACUGAGAAUCUUGUCAUGUUCUGUAUCUUCCCAGCUUGAUUUGUUUUGAGUGUGCUUGAUGUUUUUAAAGGUCUUUGUUUACUUCUCUGUGGGUGACUACAGCCAUUAACUUUAAGCCUUUUUUGAAGCUGUUUUUUAAAGCUUGUUUACAACUUUUGUGAAAUUAAAUGUUAACUGCAUUUACUAAUAUGUUCAUAUUCUAGGUUUUUCUCCCUACUUUGAGGAAAACAUUAGUAAAUGAGACCACAGUCACUAAAUCCCCAAAAGGAGAAUUAUUAAUGAAGGCUUUUUUUUAAUCUAAAAAAUAAAUUAGACCUGAUCCAAGAAGUAGGGUGGGAAGGAAGCACUUGCUUGUUUUUUAUAGAGGUAAGCAUGUUUUUAUCGAAAACCAGCAAUUUAAGUGGCAUCUGUAAAAUUAAAAAGUUUCCAGUGUAGACAUCCCUUUUUCUAACUUUCUACACAUUGGCCAGCUGUGACUACUGAGAAAUGUUAAGAGAUAGUUAUUCUUAAAAGGAACUUCCUGUUUCAUGGCCAGAGUUUUUGGUUUUAAAAGUGAUGAAAGGUACUAAACUAUCUUUGAGGAAAUAAUGUAACCCAGAAUAUUUCCUGUUGGCUUCUUUCUGUAACAAGGAUAAUUUGGGGAUUUAUAAAGUUUUAAGCAUUCUUUUUUCUUGGCUUUCCUAUAUUAACGUAUUUCUCCACUAUUUAAUGUUGCAGUUUUCAUAUGAUAAGAAAAAAAUCUGGAUAUAUUUCAGUUACAUAGGCUAUAGGUACAUGAAAGAGGAACGUUUUGGAAAAUUUGCUUUAGAAGAUGAAAACAUUAGUUUGGUAUUUGGUGCUUAUUAGAAACCUGGUUUGUUUUGAACUGGAGCAAGUUGAGGGGGGAUUUAUGACUGAUGAUAAGCUUUUUUUUAAAAAAAAACAUGUAUGUGCCUUGUGAAGACAUACAAAACACUGGUGAUUAUAGUUUUGAUAUCAAAGACUAGUAAAGGAAUUGCACAAAGGUGAAAGAUACAUGGAACUUCUUAUGUGUCUGGGAACGAUGGAUUUUGAAUGUACACACUGUCUCUGCUUAUUUUACGUGUCAGGUUAUUUGGUGUUAUUUAUCCUGUCCAUUUCUCAUGAGCGCUUCAAGUAGGUGUCUUCCCUUACCUGUAAUCAGGUUGUUUCUUUAUUUUAGUCUCAAUACCAUGUGCAUAGCUGGACUGCUCCAUGGGAAUAGCUCAUGACAGUAUACAUGUUCUGUUGAUUUUGCUUACCUUGCCCAUGAUUGAAAAAUUGUUUAUUAAAGCACUGCUGCCUCUUAGGUAAUUCUGUGGUUUAAAAAAAUUCCAGUAUGAGACGUUCUAAGCAAAAGUUGCUGCCUUGCAAUGAUGAUCUGUCUUUUUAAAACUAAUGUCUGGGCUGUAUUAAUGAAGGGCCACUAUAAAAUUUAACUAUUUGUUUUGAAUGGUAGAACCAUAUCCCCACCCCCUCCAGCUCUUGUAUAGGCCACCAUCAGAUAUAUAAGUUGUUUCAAAUAUUGCGCUACUCAGUGUCAAGCAUUAAAUGGCUCAGUAUUUUCCCUUUUUGAAUUCCCUUUCAAGGCUUGGAGAGUAUUCAUGUUGAAAAGUCAGAGAUGAUGAAAAAAUCUUAAUACUUUUCUUCCUUAGAAUAAAAUGAGUCCUGAGAAUAAUUGACAGUAGUACGAGAAAACUAUGUGAACAUGUUGCUUUGUAUAAAAACCUUAUUUAUAAAUGAAGAUUUUGAUGCCAUCCAAAAUUUAUUAAAUAAUAAGGAUUUACUUUCUUCCUACCCCAGCCUAAGAAAAUAAGGUGAAUAAGCUGUUGAAGCCCUUUUGUAGUCUGUUGAAUACUUCAAAUUUGUCGAUACUCAAAAUUUCCUACAAAAUUGUUCUUAUAAUUUUUCCUUGAUCCAGCAGUGAAUGGUUUUCUAACAUCGUCUUUUGUUGGGUGUUGUAAAUAGUAGGAUUGUAUUGGUUUUUGUGGUAUCAGCUUCACCUGGGCAUUUUACCCAUUAGUAGUGGGCUUGUAUAAAACUGCCAAGGAAGGUAAUCUGUAUGUAGAAAGUUUGCUUAGUUAGCAGAGUGAAACCUAUUGUGAGUGAGCCUGAUGGUGAAAUAGAUCAGGCCAUUCAUUAUUCCUCAAGUGUUAACAUACUGACUCAUGCAGUAUUCAAAUCGUCUAGUGCGGUGUCUUGUUUUUUUGUAACACGGGUGCAGUGUAUUAUAGAAAAAAAAAAUUACAAUCAUGAGCAGUUUUAAACAAUGCUGCUUCAUCGGUUUUGUAAAAAAAGUACAUUGCGUCUUUUGACGUUUAAUUUUAACGAGAAAUGACGUUGUAAAUCCUGAUUGCCUCUUUUGAGAAAUUCAAUUAAUAAUAUUAAAGUACUUAAUGUAUUAUAUUGUAUAUAUUUCUCUACAUCGGUUCCAGCUGUGUUUUAUAUGAUUGAGAUGUUAUUUAAAAGAUAACUCACUUGACCUUUUGGAGACUCGUACUGUAAAUAAAGACACUUAACAAUAAACUGAGAAUGUACUUACUCCACUUAACCUUGACUGAGGAAAUUAACAACCAAGAGAGUUUGGUGCAUCAACCCACCCCCUAGCUUAGAAGUGGUGCCCGGUCUUUUUCUUCACUCUCUUCCCCUUCCAUUUCCGACUAAAUUUAACACCCGGAAAUGGAUCUGAAACCAGUCUUUCGUUCCGCCAGUAACGGCCUUGGCCGUUCGGCCUUCUCUUUCUUCCUGUGUUUUCGCUUUCUUGAUAGGGUGGUCACCAAAGUCCUGCCCUUCCUCUGCCGGGAUUGGCUGAAUCUGCCUUGGGGCGGGGCUCUCUCGGCUAUAAGUUUCUCCCGCGCAGAACAAGGUGUCUCUUCUGCUGUCUGACGUGGCGUCUUGGAGCGUAGCCUGCCGCUGUGGGAGCGGCACCGUGAGGCCCACCUUGCGGCGCAUGAACUUAUGAGGGCGAAGUGGCGGAAGAAGCGGAUGCGGAGGUACGUGGUGCGGCGACUUUUCCUGUCCCCACUCACCCAGAAGUCGCAUGUGUCGGAAAUUAAUUCCUUACAAAAUGCGCUAAAACGAAAGAGAAGAAAGAUGAGGCAGAGAUCCAAGUAAAGUGUCUUGAAAUACUGAUAAGCCAUGGAGUGAGAUAAAUCACCAGCUGCUGUCCUAGAAAUUGCUUCUGAUGUCUUCACCUCUUGAAAGAAGAUUUUUCUUCUCUGUAAAUCUCUUUUCCUGAUUGUUAUACAGAAAAUAAAGACUUUUCUUAGUAAA